UUUUUUUUAUACAUAACAAUGCAAAGAUACGUCUAUCUGAUCAGAGCACCAUCUAUUGGAUUUAUUUGAACAACGAUACCCCUGCGGAUGCUAAAAUACAACUACCUAAUACACAUGCAUGGACGAUGCAUAGGCCUGAUACCAACUACCAUAUACCCAUACGAUGCAUAGGACUGGCCACCAGGCUAGCUGUCAACUUCACGCCAUGCACGGUAUCGGCAUGUACCCAACCCUAUUCUCUGGACUAACGUCACGUCAUAGGAAUUUGGACUUACCUUACAGUAUACGUACCUUGCUCGCACUAGAUAUUCGGAUUAUUAAUACCUGGAAAUUGUUGUCGAAUAAAUUGUGGAACUAUUAUGUGUGAUUUUUAAUUGUUUAAUAGAAAAUUUAAAUGUGUUAAUGCUCUGUAUUUUUCAAAAAGCAGAAGGAAAUAAUAUCCAUUAUAUUCGAUGUAAAUUUCAACAAAUAAUUGGGUAUGAUCUCCAGGCUUCAAAGUCGUAUUUUACCAAGGUUAAUACACUUACAAAAUCCACAGAGGUUCUUCAACGAUGAAGGCUGUGAACAUGAAUUAUUUUACUUAAAAAAUAAUAAACUAAAUAUUGAUGAGAGAGAUGGAUUCAUUACUCCAGAAAUUCCAAAGAUAAGCAAUAUCGGAUCCCCAUCGUUUCGUUCGGAGUCCAAUUUCAUAGUUGACGAAAAUGGAUAUGUGAACGUUUACACAGAUGGUGCCUGUAUUUCAAAUGGUAUGGCAAAUCCAAAAGCGGGCAUUGGAGUUUGGUUUGGUGACCAUCAUUCCUUAAACGUUUCUCAACCAAUUGUUGGCCGAUCUACUUGUAACGUAGCCGAAAUUAUGGCUGUGACUGAAGCAGCGCGACAGGCGAAAAAAGCUGGAGUAAAGAAACUAAAAAUUAAUACAGAUUCUCAGUUUCUGAUUAAGUGCGUCACAGAGUGGAUGAAGAAGUGGAAAAUUGGCGGUUGGAAAACGGCCAAGAAAAAACCAGUGAUUAAUAAGGAAGAAUUGAUCGAAUUAGAAUCAGCUCUCUCGUCUUUGGAAGUCACCUGGGCUCACGUUUCAAGUCACUCUGGGAUUCACGGCAACGAAAUGGCCCAUCUUUUAGCCAAAGAAGGAAUUUGUAAAAUUAAAGAAGAGAUAAGCAGUUGAAUUCGUCUAGUUUACAAAAUUAAAUUGAAUUUAUUUAUCGAUUAGUUUGAAAAUUGAAGCAUACCGCUGAACAUUUUUACACAUUUUAAAAUUAAACCGGUUUCGAACGUGGAGCGGAUUUUAUUUUCUGAGAUGAAACUUUGCUGAUUUGCCUGAGAAGUGUGUAAAUAUCUUCUGGACACACCUGCAGGGCCAAAAGUUCCAUCAAGACCCUGCAAAUAAUCAUAGAUGAAUUCAGAAAUUAUACGGUUCUAUUAAAAUAUAUCUCCGAUGUGCAUAGUGAUACCAUUAAAAUAAAAUAUGAUUUUUUAAUGUAGUUCAAACAAUCUGUGUAAUAAAAGUAUAGAUUUUUGCGAUUAUAUAAAUAUAAUUUAUAUUGA